AAAGCAUGAACUCUGUCCUGUUUCCUAACUCCUACGUCCUCCUGCGGGAACGGGGCUAUCCUGCUCGAUGUAGUUUCAGUCUCUGAAUGUAAAUAGAAAAAUACGGAAAAUGUCCGAAACCAUCAAAGAGCUCAGUGUUCAUUACGAUCCUAUCAAUGAAACCAAUACUUUCACUAGUGGUGAUAUUGUGGAGGGGCGAAUUGUUUUGGAAGUGACCAAAGAAAUAAAAGUGGACAGAUUAUUUGUGAAGAUUACGGGGGAUGCGAAGGUACACUGGACAGAAAAUUCAGGCGAUGACGAAAGAAGCUACAGCGACCAUGAAAGAUACUUUAAACUAAAGCAAUACUUAAUUCAAGACAGCUCUAAGAAAGGACAAGAAGAAAAGGAUACCACUCUUUUUAUCGGAGAGACUUAUGGGCAAGUUGUUAAACCAGGAAGUCACGUUUUUCCAUUUAGAUUUCAACUACCUCAAAAAGCUCUGCCUCCAACUUUUCAAGGAUGUCAUGGCUAUGUGAAGUACAUCAUAGAAGUUAAGCUGAAGAGGUCUUGGAAGAUGACCAGUACUAAAUCAAAGGAAUUAAUAAUUGUGUUAAGAAAUGAAGGGCUCAAUGAUCAUUUACUGCAACCACAAUCUGGCACUAAAGACAAGAAGCUGAAACUUUUUGCCUCAGGAAAAGCAUCAAUAACGGCAACAACUGACAAAACUGGCUAUAUGCAAGGUGAGACAAUCAGAGUUUUUGCUGAUAUUGACAACUCUUCGUCUCGUGACGUCAAGCUAAAAUACAGCCUCUCGCAAGAACAGAUUUUCAUUGCUGGUAGCAGCACUAAUCGUGGAUCCAAAUUAAUUGUCAAAGAGACUAAGCACCUCAUUCCAUCUAGAGACAAGACACAAUUGAUAAUGGACCUGAAGCUCCCAACUGACAUGGCUGUCUCCAUCGAAAACUGUAGAAUUAUUAAAGUUCAGUACGAACUCAAGAUAUAUCUGGAUGUGCCUUUUGCCUCAGAUCCAGAAAUCAAAUUCCCUGUGGUUAUUCUUCCAGCCGUCCAACAGUGUGCUCCGUGGCUAGGCCCACCUGGAGGAUUCCAGCCAUAUCCCCCACUUCAGCCUAACCUUGUCACCUAUCCACCUGCUGAUGCUGGUGUACUACCUCCUCCUCCACCAGCUACAGGGCUUUACCCCCCUCUGUACAACCCCACAUACUCAGGGCCAGGGGUAAUUGCUCCAAAUGCCAUGUCACCUGGUUUUCAUCUGACUCCAUCUGCACCACCUUUUGAUCCAAAUCAAAGCACUCAAGAGUUCUCUCCUAAUCCAGUGUUAAGUCUUGCUUUUUUCACAAGAGAUUAUUUUCCUAGACUUUGCAGAGUGUGUGUUGGGUUUUGUUUUUCUACAGAACUUUGUACAUUUUAUUUUCUUGCCACCAUGGUGCUAGGAAAGAUAAAGAGCUUCAUUGUAAGCUACGACUGUCUAAAUGACAGCAAUAUCCCUGUUUUCUCUAGCGGGGACACCGUCUCAGGAAGAGUUAUUAUCGAUGUCACCGGCGAGAUUCGCGUGAAGUCCCUUAAAAUUCACGCCAAAGGAUUUGCGAAAGUUCGUUGGACAGAAUCGCGAAAUGCUGGAUCCAACACUGCCUACACGCAAAAUUAUACAGACGAAGUGGAAUAUCUGAAUCAUAGAGACAUCCUUAUUGGCCAUGAACGAGAUGAUGAUAACUCUGAGGAGGGACUCACCACUAUUCAUUCAGGAAGACAUGAGUAUGCAUUCAGCUUUGAGCUUCCACAAACACCUCUGGCUACCUCGUUCGAAGGAAAGCAUGGCAGUGUGCGCUACUGGGUAAAGGCUGAGCUACACAGGCCGUGGCUUCUGCCCAUGAAGACCAAGAAAGAGUUUACAGUCUUUGAACACAUCGACAUCAACACUCCUCUCCUGCUGUCUCCACAGGCAGGCACUAAAGAAAAAACACUAUGCUGCUGGUUUUGCACCUCAGGUCCAAUCUCCUUAAGUGCCAAAAUUGAACGGAAGGGUUAUACUCCAGGAGAGUCCAUUCAGAUCUUUGCUGAGAUUGAAAACUGUUCCUCACGAAUGGUCGUGCCAAAGGCUGCCAUCUACCAAACACAGACCUUCUAUGCCAAAGGGAAGAUGAAGGAGAUCAAGCAAUUGGUGGCAAACAUCCGGGGAGAGUCGCUUUCUUCUGGCAAGACGGAGACAUGGAAUGGAAAGAUGUUGAAAAUUCCCCCUGUGUCACCCUCCAUACUAGACUGCAGUAUCAUCAGAGUGGAGUACUCACUCAUGGUAUAUGUGGACAUCCCAGGAGCCAUGAACCUGUCUAUCAACCUGCCCCUGGUGAUUGGCACCAUCCCCCUCCACUCCUUUGGUAGCCGUACCUCCUCUGUCAGCAGCCAGUGCAGCAUGACCAUGAGUUGGUUAGGCAUGGCCCUCCCCGAGAGGCCUGAAGCUCCUCCAGCCUAUGCGGAGGUAGUCACAGAAGAACAGCGGCAAAGCUGUCUGGAAGUGCCCACAGGACGGGAGAACUUUGAUGGCCCUCUGUUUGCCUACAUCCAGGAAUUUCGAUUCCGGCCCCCUCCGCCCUACUCUGAGAUUGAUCAACAUCCAGACCAAGCCACAUCAACCAUGGAGCAGAGACUCAACAUCUGCCCAUCACGCUGAGAAAUGAACGGCACGAGUCCAAAGCAGUUGGGCUUCAGGAGCUUUCGUAUUUGUUUAUCUCCUAGUGACAGUGAUUGUUCACUAUGCUUUCACCACUGAGAGAAAACAAACAUGUAUGGGGAAAAUCCAGAAGUAAGAGUGUGGGAAGUCACUCAAAUUACUCCAUGCCCAACCCAGAGUCACGGUCACAAAGGCUUGUCUGUGUUGAAGCCCAAACGAUGGGCACACCCCCGUCGGACUAAGCUGGCAGUGCUUCUUCUUCAUACGAGUUACUUUGCUCAUGCUUUUCUGUAAAGAUUGACAAAGAACUUGCAGACCUUUUCAGAUACUUGAAGAGAGAUGCAAGAAAACACUACAGCCAUAGCCAUUCACUUUGAAGAAAUGUAUCUGUUUUGACUUUUGCACAUUUCUGUUUUCUUUGAUUGAGAUGUGUGACUCAGUUUUAAAAUCACAGUUUCAUCCUCUUGCUAUGUUGGACUAAGCUAAUAAUGUAGUCUCGCUUUAUCCGCACAAAGAGAACAGAUUCGGAUGAAAACAGACUGAAAGGACUGACGUAAUGUACUUAUCUCAUUUAAGCUCUUUUUCAUUGAUUGUGUUUCCUUGCAGACACACGCAGUAAUCUGUGCUUGGUAACAUGCUGUCUAAAAGCUCUUUGCAAUGUUGCCUCGUAACCCAAGUGUGGCUUUUGUUUUAUUUUCUCCUGUUCACAAGGACUUUAUUUUAGAUUUUAAGUGUAGAAUGCCUUUAAGCCGAACAUCAUAGUUUGCUUGGUUUUAAAAUUGUUGCACAUGUUUCUUGGUAGAGAAGCAACUGUCCAGCUCUAGCCACUCAUGUGUGUGCACAAGAGUGGAGAGAUAAAACAGGGUGGGGCCCAGGCAGGCUACCCUCAAAUGGCCUGAAGAGUCUUUUGCCUUUCUGUUUGUAGUGCAUAGCAGUGCAGGUCUCUCUGGGGAAAAAAGCACUCAGUCUCAGGUGAUCGUCUCAAUUGCCAAAUGAUGAAAACAAAAAAUGGUGUAGAGUAUGUUUCUAUUGCACUUUUAAAGUUGAAGGAAUUAGACUAAGGAGGAAAAUCAGAUUCAAUAUUGAAAUUAUAUAAAGAGAAGAGAUAUGCAUUAAGAUGCAUGGCAGCUUUCAAAGACUUGAUGGAAUUCCCUUUUUGUCCUGCUGCGCUUACAGACUCAAUUUGACAUAAUGUUUCUACAGACCAGUGAAGCUAGGUAUAACAGAGUACCUGAAUGAGAAAUUGAAAAGGCUUUAAAGAAAGAAGAGGAUUUUGGCUCAAGUCCUAUCCAGAGAUAUAUGUAUCCAGUUGAAAUGAGUCAUACAUUUGUUUUAAAAACUCAUUCAACUACUAAGGUAGUCUAGGCUCAGCACCUGCUUGGCCAUCAAAAGAACUUGAAACUGUAAAAUCUGCUUAUAUCUGGUUGAGAUCUGGAGAAAGUUUGACAUUCAACCAUUUACCAAAAUAGAUUCAGCAAUGUUUGACUUUUAGAGUUUGUCAGAUCGUGUGUUUGCGUGUGUAUAUGCGUAAAGUAAGGGUGUUGAUGGAGCACUGCUUUGGGCAUAAACAAAGUGAAGUGGUCUUAACAUAGUUGCCUUGAUUAAGAACUGUCCUUAACUUGCUUUAUCAUCUAAGUUAGCCUGACUAAUCUUCAGCCUAUUGUCAUUUAGUCUUAGUACUAUUUAGUUAAAAAGGACAAAAAGGGAAAACAAAAAGUCAUUCAAAGCGAGCGUUGAUCAUUUGACAUGCCACUUUGAUUUUAAUGGGUUUUAAUUCUCUUCAAAUAUGGGUUCUUGUAAUUAUUAUGGGCAUUUAGUGUUUGUUUGCCAGACAAACAAAUUACUCUAUUAUGGGAACAAUAGCUGUAGCGCACCUCUAGAGAAAUGGGUAGUCCAUGAACUGAAGAGAUAAUUAAACGAAGAAGAAAAUUACCUGCUUUCUUUACUAUUUUAUAGUUUGAAAUUGAACCAAUUGAUGACAGGAUAAGCUUAAAGUGUUAAAGCUAAACUCUUGACUCUGUCAGGAAAGACCUGUUGUGGGAAUAUGGUAUGUUUUUUAAAUCAAGUGCAAUAUUUCUUGUUUGAGUUCAUUUUGUCUCAGUUUUAUACUUUGUCUUAUUUCAUUGCCAUUUAUUUCAGAGAUCGUUAUUAAUUUAUGUUCAUGUUGGUUUUAACGUUUGUCUUAGUUCUUCCUUGGAAAUAAAUAAACCUC